CGAAAAAGAUUGUUUGCCAAACAAACAAUCAAAUUUCAUUUCUUUUAUAAAAUUUAAUAUUCAAAUAAAGCUCAUAAAAAAAAAUGGAUAGAAUUAACCACUUAGAGUGUGAAAUAGCAGAAUUACGGCAAAUAUUAUCUGCGAAAGAGGGAGAACUGUACACAGCACGAAAGGAAUUGAUACAGCAACAACAAGUUAAUGUGAUAAAACAGACAGACAACCAGUACCAACAGUUUGAUGUGCAUGUAAACAAGACUCAGUACGGAGAUAAACUCCCCAAAUGGGCAAUUGAGAGAUACUCCCGCCAAAUACUUCUAUCAGACAUUGGAGUGCUGGGCCAAGAGAAGAUAUGUACUUCCAAAGUGCUGGUCGUAGGCGCCGGUGGCUUGGGAUGUCCGGCUGCCAUGUAUUUAGCUGGAGCAGGAGUUGGUGAAAUCGGCAUAGUGGAUUACGAUACGGUGGAACUGACAAACAUACAUCGGCAAAUUUUGCAUGCGGAAUGUGAUCAGAAUGUGAGCAAGGCUGAAUCGGCCGCACAGAGUCUUAGAAGCAUAAACUCCCGAAUCAAUGUUACUGCUUAUAACGUCCAACUGAAUUCAGCGAACGCUUUGGAAAUUAUAAACAAAUAUGACAUUGUUUUGGAUUGCACUGACAAUGUGCCUACGAGAUAUCUGUUGAACGACGCGUGUGUUACGGCUAAGAAACCAUUAAUAUCAGGCAGCGCUCUCAAAAUGGAAGGACAACUCACGAUAUACGGGUACCGCGCUGAAAAUAAUCCUAACGAAAAGGACCACACAUACAUCGGGCCGUGUUACCGCUGCGUGUUCCCCGCGCCGCCGCCUGCGCACGCCGUCUCCAGUUGUUCCAGUUCCGGGGUCUGCGGCGCUGUCACCGGUGUUAUAGGCUCCCUCCAAGCCCUCGAAGCCAUUAAAUGCAUAGCAGGACACACGCACAAACAGUUGUUGGUGGAGAGAAUGUUGUUAUUCGACGGCGAAGACACCAGUUUUGGUACAGUCAGAUUGAGACCGCGCUGUGAGCAAUGUGCAGUUUGUUCCGACCAGCCAACUGUCACUCAAUUGGUAGAUUACGAGGUGUUCUGCAAAGCGCAGGCCAAGGAGAAGAAAAAGCAAGAGUUACGCGCCAAAUCUGAGAAGAGAAGACAAGAGAAGGAGAAGCGAAUGACCGGUCAGAGUUACUACGGUUUCCGCGUUACGAACGCACACGAGGGAAAGAGAUGGAUACAGGAUGUCCCGAAAUCGGAACGGAAAAUAGGACCAGCCUGUACAUCGGAGUUUUGCGCGAAAGGGACGGCGCGAUACUGCUCGGAGUUCUCGGAGGAAAAGAGACAGCAGAUAUUCAGUUACUUCUGGAAUAAUCUAGACUGGAAAGGCAAAAAGAAUUUUGUGAGAUCUCUAGUUGAUUCGGUGCCUCCGAAAAGACGUAGGUUGAAACAUAAAGGUGAUAAAUCUAGGAAGGGCGAUUCUAAACUUUAUCACCUACAUAAUAAGGACCAAAGAUUAGCGGUUUGUCGUACUAUGUUCUUGAAUACUCUAGGUAUUAAAGAAGCUAUGGUUAGGUGCUGGUUAGUCAAAGAAGAAAGGCCAAAAAUGACUAAAAAACCAAUUAAAUCGUUAAACGUAGAUUCGUACAUAGACAAUUUACCAAAGACACAGCCGAAAUGUCAGUAUUGUUUGACAUCAGGCGUUACCGUAGAGUAUAUAGAUAUAGAUUAUAUAAAAAAUCAAUAUCAGUUGUAUAAUAAAUAUAUAAAAGAUAUGAAAGCGAAAAAUAUGAGUCCCGCGUCGCGCAAAACGUUUUCCAAAGUAGUCGCUAUGAAAAAUAUAAGAAUUUUUAAGCCCAAAAAUGAUACGGACGUGUGCGAUUUGGUAGCUCAGCAUAAUGUGUUGCCAGUGAUAAAUAACUACCAAAAUGUAGAAAAAGAACAGGAUUUGAACGCGCAGUAUUAUUAUCAAAAUCGAUGGUAGCCUUUUUAUCAGGCUGUACCUAGUGUGGUCAUUGUCAGUUACAUAUAACUACUAAAUAUUUGAAAUAGUAGAAAUAAAAUCUGGAUUU